GCUUAGCCGUCAAUCGCUUAGGAAGAACCGCGAGACCAUAAGAGAAUUUUACUGCUGCAACAAACACGAAAUAAUUAUCCGUUUCUCUCGUAUAGUUGGUUGAGAUGGACGUGUCCAGCCAUAGUUUGUUCCUCCUGCAGCAGCUGAACGUCCAAAGGGAGUUUGGCUUUCUGUGUGACUGCACUGUUGCCAUUGGCAACGUAUACUUCAAGGCUCAUCGUGCAGUCCUUGCUGCCUUCUCAAACUACUUCAAAAUGAUCUUCAUCCACCAGUCCAGUGAGUGCAUCAAGAUCCAGCCCACAGAUAUUCAACCAGAUGUCUUCAGCUACCUGUUACACAUCAUGUACACAGGCACGGGUCCCAAACAACCCGUAGACCAGGGCAGGCUUCAAGAAGGCAUUAAGUUCCUCCACGCGUACCAGCUCUGCCACAAAACAGGCGAAGGCGGUCCUGAUGCAUCUUCUGAGCCCAUCCGUAUGUCCAACCUGUAUGGCAUCCAGAUUUCUUCACAGCUUUCCAGCAAAGAGAGCUCUGACCUGAAGGCUGGUGGUUCACGGGACCCUGAGGACGGCCGUUCCAGCACUAGGGCCGAUCGCACACAUGGCCGUUUAGCUCUCGCUGUAGGGCUGGAGGGCAUAACGUCUGAGCGACAGCCUCAAAGCUUCCAUGCCGUUUCCUCGGUGGCCUCGGGGGACGACUCUGACAUUUCCGCACGGAUCAAACAGGAAAGGGUAGAGGAGGAAGAACAACAGGAAUGCGAAAAAGAGCUCUGCUCUCUCUCCCCAGCCCAGGUGAGUCCCUGUCAGGCAGGACUGUUCAAAGAUGGCCCUCUUGAGCUUUUAUGCCCCCGGUGCGGUGAACGCUGUCUGUCACCGGAAGGCCUGCAAGAGCACCUAUUUACCCACGCACCCUGUGCGCUUGAGGCUGGUGUUCUGAUGGAAGGCCCAUCAGAAGACAAAACCGGGGAAAACAAAUCCCUAGAGGAGAGUCAGCCUUAUAAGGAGCACAUAGACUCUGGUAGUCUGGAGGAGGCCUUACGGCAGAGUCAGGCCCUGGCAGAUGAGCUGGCCGUGGAACUCAGGCGAGGUGGUGGGACCAGACGGAGUGGCAGCCCAUUGGCAGCCUUCACGCGAAAACGAAAGAUGGCAUGUGCCGUCUGCAACCUUCGCUUCUCUCAGAAGAGCCAGCUGCAGGAGCACAUGUUCGCACAUGUGGGCAAGCCUCUGCGAUACCAUCGCUACAGCCGCUUUUGCGGGGCAGCAAAUAUUACCACAGCCAUGGGAGAUGAGGCAGCCAAGGACACUCAGGAUAAUGGAAGCUCCUGCUACUCUCUGGACUCUGAGGUCUCUCAGGAGAGCGUGGAUGCAGUGACUGUGGAAUGACUUCGAGUUUGACAUAUAUUCAUGCAAACACACAGUGUCUGUUAAAGGAGUAUUCUGAAUUCCAGUACGUCAAGCUCAACGGCAUUUGUGGGAGAUUGAUUACAACAAAAAUUAAUUUCCACCUGCCCCACAUUUUCUUUAAAAUGAAAGGAGCUAAAAUCUUGAUUACAGUGAGGCAUUUACAGUAGAAUAGGGCCAAUCUGUAAAAUAUUUAAUACUAUACUAUUAGUAUCUUUAUACUAUAUAAUAGUAUAUUAUUAAUUUAGUACUUUUAAUACUCACUGUUUCAAUAAGACAUAAGCAUUUUAAUUUGUUAAAAAAAUCUCUUAACUCUUUUUUUGUGUAUCCAAUUUUACAACCUCCAUGACAACAUAAAGGCCAAAGUAUACUUCAGUUUUUAUGCAUACACUGGAGUAUGCGUACAGUGCUUUUGACAUAAUGCUUAAUUUUUAACAGAAUAAUGUAUGUUUCUGCUUUUAAUUCCUACAAAAUUGGUCUAUAUUCAUUUACAUUCAAUGGUGCCUUACCAUAAUCUACAUUUUUGCUUUUUUAAGAGAACAGGGGGCAAGUCAAAAUUAUUUUGUUAAUCAACAUUAUUCUUCAUCUACUGUCGAUUGAGCUUAACUUUUAUUACACCCAUAAUUUUUGUUUUCUGCCUCAGCACUUCUGUCCUGUCACAAAAGUCCUUGUCAGUGUUAAAACACAAGAAUUGAAUUAUUGAUGUUUGUAGUGUCAUUGUAGAAUAAUGUUGCUUACUCUUGGAUGACUGAACACUGUUUGAUCAAUUAUAUAUUUAAAGGAAGUAUUAGAUUGACAAGCACAUGCCCAUGAAACUCAAAUAGCACUAUGAAGUGCUACA